UAGAAACGAUGACAUGUGGGAUUAUAAAUCGGACAUAACCAGAAACACAGUAUCGUGAUAGCUCUUCUUUCUUACCAACACCUCAUCUCCUUUAUGUGCAACUUCAAAUAACUUAUCACCUUCUCAUCCAUUUUUAACCAUCUUAGGACAAAUAAAAAGACUCCUACUCUAGCUACAAUUAUGUAGUAUCUCCACAUCUGAAGAAUCCCAGCCACAAAGACCAGCGAGAUUCUCGCAAACCCCGCGAAAAUAUAGCUGUCUUGAUAAAAAAAACAUAUGACAAUAGCAAAAAGAUAGAUAAAUACAUAUAGGGUAGGAAUGGAUUUUUGGCCGGAGUUUCUUGCCAAUAGCUGGGGGAAAGAGUUUGUGGCCGGAGGGUUUGGUGGGGUCGCCGGAAUAGUGUCCGGAUAUCCGCUAGACACGGUGAGGAUACGGCAGCAGCAAGGUGGUGGUGGGUCCAGGACGGCGCUGAGUAUCUUCAGGAAUGUUGUUGAGAAAGAUGGUCUUAAUGGUCUGUACAGAGGCAUGGGUGCACCCUUGGCUUCUGUUACUAUUCAGAAUGCGUUGGUUUUCCAGACAUAUGCACUGCUAUCACGAGCGUGUGACUCAUCAGUUCACCCCACAGACCCUCCGUCUUACAAAGGAGUUUUGCUGGGAGGAUUCGGAACUGGUGCCAUACAAAGCUUAAUACUGGCACCUGUUGAACUUGUUAAAAUUCGAAUACAGUUGCAGGGGAAUGACCCUAACAAGGCUGUACAAGUACAGAAGCUUGAGGGUCCUACUAGUGUUGCCAAAGGCAUAUACAGGGCGGAAGGGCUACGGGGAAUCUAUCGAGGUUUUACCAUCACAGUACUAAGAGAUGCUCCUUCGUAUGGUGCCUACUUUUUGACAUAUCAAUAUGAAUUUGUUCGAGAGCAGCUUCAUCCUGGAUGCCGAAAAAGUGGCCAAGAAACCUGCAAAACAAUGCUUAUGGCAGGAGGUCUUGCUGGUGUUGCAAGCUGGAUAUGCUGCUACCCUCUAGAUGUUGUUAAAACCAGGCUUCAAGCUCAGUCUCCAUCAUCUCCACUAAUGUACAAUGGUAUUGUUGACUGCUUACAGAAGAGUGUUAAACAAGAAGGAUAUAAUGUCCUAUUUCGAGGAUUGGGAACUGCAGUUGCUAGAGCAUUUGUAGUUAAUGGGGCUGUCUUUACUGCUUAUGAAUCAGCUUUAAGGUUAUUCUUUAACGGCAACGACAACAAGCAUGAAACUGUUCUGUCAGACCACACAAUCUAGAGAACUACAGCCUCUAUUUCCGAGGUAUGUGUAUGGUUAAGCUUCCAGAGCUUUUGCAAUGAAUGGGGCUGUCUUUACUGCUUAUGAAACAGAUUAGAGUGUUAUAUGACAAGAAACUGAAACCUUUUACACUAUAGCACACAUUUUGGGGGAAAUUCGACUUCAGUUUUUAAAGAAACAACAAUGUCGUUGUUGAAAAGAAGUAAUAAAAGAAAGCGCUUAGGUAAACAUGGACUAGAUGUACGGCAGGGGAAGAAAGUGUCCAGUAGUUAUAACAAAGUCGGAACAAAGAACACUUGUGAAAUUCUUGUUUAUUGAUGUAGAUAGAUGAUCAUUGUACAGAACCAUAGUUCUUUCCUUUCGUGUAAUGUAAAUAACUCUUACAUA